UUGACUGAAUGAUCAAAACAAAUCGAGUUGUUGACUUUUGUAUUUAUGUUUUAUUAUUGGUUAAAAUUGGCAUUUCAUAUGUUAUCAGGCACAUACACAUACACAUUGUUGAAUACUUAUGCUGGUAACCAGUCAGCUUGUAUAGUGUUGGCGAAUCAUAGGCAUUAAUCAUUAAACAAAUAAAAGUAAAAAUAGAUUUUAAUUCAAAUCUAUUUUUAGAAUAGCAGAAAGAAGGGAUUGGUAAAGGCCAAGUAUACAAGCCUACUAUAUAUGAAAUAAUAAUGUUUAAUACAGGUCCGUAAAUAUAGUCCAAGAAGGAGAGCCUCUGAGGGCCUGUACAUAAACUCUGACUUACACAAACACGCACAUGUCGGCAUUGACACAAUGGUAAAACAACUAAAGGAUGUAUGUUUAACAAAAAUUCAGCACUCCUUGGAUAAGUUACAGAAUGUUGGUGACAGAAUCCCGACUGUUUACAAGGAAGUGCUUCUGGAGAGGCUGGCAUGGCACAAGUUGUUCACAGAGAACUAUAUACCUUAUAUUGCUAAAACUAUACUUUCACCCUCAUUGACAAAAGUGAAUUUCUAUAAAUGUGAACAGAUUGAUGAUAGAGUUUUGUCACUUCUUGGAUCCACUGGAUGUAAAUUAGAAUCCAUCAAAUUGAAUGCAUGUCCUUCAAUUACAGAUUAUGGUAUUCAUCAUCUCACAAGGUGUCAAGACAGACUGGUUUUGAUUUCAUUGAAGAAACUCAGAUUGCUCACUGACCAUGCUCUCAAGUUCAUCUCAUCUGAUAAACUUCAAUAUGUGGAAUUCAAUGGUUGUCCAGAGAUAACAUUUUCAGGUGUGGCACAUUUAGCGACUUCAAAUAGACAUAUUAAAGAGCUUCAUCUUUAUGGCUUAUCAGCAAAAGGGAAAACUUCAACGAGCCAUUUUAUGAACGUAUCUAGGCUUCUAGGUCCAAAUUUGGAAGUGUUGGACAUAAGGUUGUUUCAGCUGUCAGAUGAGUGCCUUGUCUCCAUAGCAACACAGUGUCCUAAUCUAAGGCAAUUGAAUCUUCAUGGGAAUCCUAGAAUGUCUGGAGAGGACUUAACAAAGGUUUGUAUCGGUUGUAACAACCUCCAGAAGCUGGACCUCUCGUUCUGUACGCAGCUACGUGAGAGUCCAGACAACCAGUCCCUCUGGACCCUACCUACCUCCCUCACGGAGCUCUCACUCACAGGCGUACAGCUCACAGACGAGGAGAUUUUCGUGGAGUGUCUGCAGAGGCUCAGGAGACUGCGAGCAGUGACGCUGUGUGGAGUGUCAGCCUUGAACGAUGACACGCUAACCAAGAUUCUUCAAAGUGUUGGACAAACGCUUUGUCAUCUCAAUAUUGGAGGCUACGUCCCUGGUGUACUGUCUGAUGUCAGCCUAGAAGCCGUGUCCAAGUAUUGCUUCAAUCUGGAAGAGCUCCUACUGAGCCUGAUCAGCAACAUGACCGGUGAAGGGUUACUGCCCCUUGUACAAGAUCCGGUUAGAGCCGCCAAGCUGCGCACAUUGUCUCUCAGUACAAAGAAGUUGUCCAUGGAAGUACUAGCGGAAGUGGUAACACACAGCCAUAAUCUGGAGAGUAUAGACUUGUCAGGGGUGGUCCUAGUCGACGAUGAUUUGCUCAUUCUCAUGGCGCACAACUGUAGGAAGCUGAAAAUUGUCUGCAUUAAAGGAUGCAAAAUGGUGACUGAUAUUGGUGUUUGCGCGCUGGUUCGGUCAUGUGACCUCCAUUUUCUGUCGGUAUCGGGAAUCAACAACCUCACGGACCAGAGUGUUUUCCUGCUGGCAAACUCUUGCCACAACCUUACCGAGCUCUACAUGAAUGGAUGUGCCAACAUCAGCCCCGUGGCAGUGAGAUACUUGAGAGACUGCACUAUCCCCUACCUGUUUGUGACCCACGUGACGCCCAAUGCCAAGCCAUUCCAGCUGAUGGCCAAGAACCUUGACACGGGCAUGUUCUGUCGUGUGGAUGACUUGCAUUACGAGACCCAGGCAGUGGUGGAACCUUGCUCUUUGUAAUAGGCGGAUGGCAACUGUGUUGACAAUCUUGGCCUAUUAUUCGAGACCGGUUUCUUACAAUGAGAGCACUCUCGCGACUGAGCUAUCAGGCUACUGCACAAUCAAAGCAACAAAUAUCCUGCCAUGAAACUUGUUAAAGCUUUUUGUCCUUAUGUUUUGAAAACAUCCUAUAUGUCCAUUAAUCAGGCUACUGCACAAUCAAAGCAACAAAUAUCCUGCCAUGACACUUGUUUAAGCUUUUUGUCCAUUUGUUUUCAAAAUAUCCCAUAUGCCCAUUAAUCUAAUUGCGAAGCUAAGAAUGCCUUGUCCACUUUUGCCUAAUGUAGAGGAACAGUGAUUCACACAAUAUUCAAGUUCAUUAAAUGUUGCUGAUAAUUUUUUUAUGUCCCCCACUAUAGUAGGGGACAUAUUGUUUUUGCCCUGUCUGUUGGUCUGUUGUUCUGUGGGUUGGUCUGUUGGUUGGUUGGUUUGCACCAACUUUAACAUUUGCAAUAACUUUUGCAAUAUUGAAGAUAGGAACUGAUAUUUGACAUGCAUAUGUAUCUCAUAGAGCUGCACAUAUUGAGUGGUGAAAGGUCAAGGUCAAGGUCAUCUUUCAAGGUCAAAGGUCAAAUAUAUGGGUCAAAAUUGCUCAUUUAAUGUACACUUUUGCAGUAUUUCAAUAUUCAAGAUAGCAACUUGAUAUUUGGGAUGCAUGUGUAUCUCAUGGAGCUGCACAAUUUUAGUGGUGAAAGGUCAAGGUCAAGGUCAUCCUUCAAGGUCAGAUGUCAAAUAUAUGUGGCCUAAAUCGCUCAUUUUAUGAGUACUUUUACAAUAUUGAAGAUAGCAACUUGAUAUUCGGCAUGCAUGUUUAUCUCAUGGAGCUGCACAUUUUGAGUGGUGAAAGGUCAAGGUCAUCCUUCAAGGUCAGAGGUCAAAUAUAUGUGGCCCAAAUCGCUAAUUUUAUGAAUACUUUUGCAAUAUUGAAGAUAGCAACUUGAUAUUUGCCAUGCAUGUGUAUCUCAUGGAGCUGCACAUUUUUAGUGGUGAAAGCUCAAGGUCAAGGUCAUCCUUCAAGGUCAAAUAUAUGGGUCAAAAUUGCUCAUGUAAUGUCACUUCUGCAAUAUUGAAGCUAGCAAUUUUAUAUUUGAAAUGCAUGUGUAUCUCAUGGAGCUGCACAUUUUGAGUGGUGAAGGGUCAAGGUCAAGGUCAUCCUACAAGGUCAAACAUCAUAUAGGGGGACAUUGUGUUUCACAAACACAUCAGGUUUAAACUAUAAAUUACAUUUAUUUAUGUUGAAUCAUUGAUGCUCGUGUAAACUAGCAUGAAGACGUAAAUAAUGCUAGUGUUAAUAUAAUUUGUCAUGAUUGAACAAUGUAGCCACCGAACAAGUUUUAUGAUUGAAUGAUAAUUCGAAAUGAUGCAAAAUUUCAACACUUGCGAUACACAUUUUUACAAAUGCUGGUAUUUAUGCGUGUGAAUGUUUAUAUUUCUUACAUAUACAAAUAGAAACUUUAGCUGCACCAGGAGGAGAUAAAUCUUAAAAUAGGAUAAGGUCCUUGAUUUAUGGCAAGGAAACAAUUGCCAAACAGUAUGGCACCCAACAAACGUAAAAGACAUGACAAGCAAACAUACAAAAGGUUAUACAGCUGGGGUCACUAACAUGCAUAUAUCAAUGCAAAGCAAGGGGUAUUUUCACGGUGUUAAAGGAGCUUCAAACAUCACACCUGACCUAAACUUAUCCACGACGCAUUUAAAUGUUAAUAAAAAUUAUUCUGGUUUAAAAUCAAUUAAUAACCAUGAAACUACUCAUUUGUUUAGAGAAAAAUAAAAAGUAUGGUAAAA